AAGAAAAAAGACGAGAGCUCGAGAGAAAUGACCAUAGAUUUCGGAAAAAUUUAGUUGCACUUUAGAUUCCGCACAGUGUCGAGGCUUCUAUUCGUUCGCAGCGAUUCGAAAUGAUGCUGGAAAUUGACUUUCAACUAAACUGAAUAAAUCAUCGCUCGGAACUUCUGAACAGUUUAUCACGAGCACUUAUAGUAGUGUAAAUUGGCUAACAAUGAUGACAAUACCAAAGACGUCAAUAUGCUUUUUAUUAGUACUAACGAUUGCCAGGACACCUGUGAUUAGAGCAAGUGAAAACACUCAUUAUCUGCCACCUUUGGAAUGUUACGAUCCCUAUGGAAGACCGCAGCGUUGUAUACCGGAGUUCGAGAAUGCAGUUUACCAAGUAGAGAUUGAGGCGACAAAUACGUGUGGUGAAGAAGGAGAUACCAAUUUUUGCGUGCAAACUGGAUAUUCCAAUCGCAAGAGCUGUGAUGAUUGCCGGGCGGGUCAACAUGCACCCCAUUAUUUAACAGAUUUGCAUGACCCCACAAAUCCAACAUGGUGGCAGUCAGAGACCAUGUUCGAGGGCAUCCAGUACCCAAAUCAAGUGAAUCUUACCCUGAAAUUGGGAAAAUCAUUUGAUAUAACAUAUAUUAGGCUUGUGUUUUAUUCACCACGACCUGAAUCCUUUGCUAUUUAUAAACGAAUUACUCCAAACGGGCCUUGGGUUCCUUACCAGUAUUAUAGCGCUACAUGUCGAGAUACAUACGGUCAACCGGACUCGUUAUCUGUAAUGAAAGGGGAAGAUGAAUCACGUGCACUUUGCACCAGCGAAUACAGUGAUAUCUCUCCGCUACGAGAUGGUAAUAUUGCUUUUUCAUCACUUGAAGGAAGACCUAGUGCUAUAAAUUUCGAACAUAGUUUAGAAUUACAGCAAUGGGUAAGCGCUACUGAUAUUCGUAUAACAUUGGAUCGAUUGAAUACUUUUGGCGAUGAAGUGUUUGGAGAUGCUCAAGUGUUGAAAUCAUAUUUUUAUGCAAUUGCUGAUAUUGCCGUGGGUGCUAGAUGUAAAUGCAAUGGUCAUGCUAGUAAGUGCAUUACCAGUACGAGUUCCACUGGACAACGAGGCCGCAUUUGCCAAUGUCAACAUUUCACCGAUGGACCCGAUUGUGAAAAAUGUUUACCAUUUUACAACGAUGCUCCUUGGGGCCGUGCAACUUCAAAGAAUGUUCAUGAAUGUAAACCGUGCAACUGUAACGGAUAUUCAACGAAAUGCUUUUUUGACCGUCAACUGUACAAUUUAACUGGACAUGGAGGCCAUUGUAUUGAUUGUGGUGCCAAUCGAGAUGGACCAAAUUGUGAACGCUGCAAGGAAAACUUUUUCAUGCGUGAGGAUGGCUUCUGUAUAAACUGCGGUUGUGACGCUAUUGGUUCAAGAUCAUUGCAAUGCAAUGCCGAAGGAAAAUGUCAGUGCAAACCGGGAGUUACUGGGGAAAAAUGUGAUCGAUGUGAGAAUAAUUUCUAUAAUUUUGGCUCUCACGGUUGCCAACCAUGCGAUUGUGACAUAAAAGGAUCGUUCGAUAAUACUCCAUCAUGUGAUGCCGUUAAUGGUAUUUGUUUGUGUAAAGAAAAUGUGGAAGGUCGCCAUUGCCGGGAAUGUAGACCAGGUUAUUUCAAUUUAGACUUGGAAAACAAAUUCGGAUGCACACCUUGUUUCUGCUACGGCCAUACAAGUGAAUGUACUAGUGCAACCGGUUAUUCAAUUGUCUCCAUAACAUCUAAUUUUAACAAACAUAAGGAAAAGUGGACAGGAGCAACAGGAAAUGGGUAUCCGAUCGAUGUGAAGUACAAUUCCAAAAGUCAAACUAUUGGUGUUGGAUCACAGGGCUACGAACCCAUAUAUUUCUUAGCACCUGAUCGCUUUCUUGGUGACCAACGUGCUUCAUACAACAGACUACUCAAGUUUCGCUUACAACUUGUAGGACAACCUCGGCCGGAUGUUAGCACUUAUGAUGUUAUACUUCAAGGUGCGAAUAGUAGUAUUUCACUACCUAUAUUCGCCCAAAACCAAGCGAUGCCAGAUGAUGAGUAUAAAGAAUUUGCAUUCAGACUUCAUGAACAUCCGGAAUACUCAUGGCAACCAUCCAUGUCCGCUAGAGGUUUUAUGUCAAUUCUGAGUAAUCUAACCGCUAUUAAAAUUCGUGCAAUUUAUUCUGAUCAUGGUGAAGCUUUCCUCGAUGAUGUAGAACUUCAAACGGCACAUCGUGGGGCAGCUGGACGACCUGCUACUUGGAUUGAACAAUGUACUUGUCCUGAAGGAUAUCUAGGACAAUUUUGUGAAUCUUGUGCUCCCGGUUAUAGACACAAUCCAGCUCUAGGUGGCCCAUUUAUGCCAUGUAUACCAUGUGAUUGCAACAAGCAUGCAGAAAUUUGUGACUCAGAAACUGGAAGAUGUAUUUGUCAGCACAAUACAGCAGGAGAUACAUGCGAUCAAUGUUCGAAAGGAUAUUACGGAAAUGCUCUCGGAGGAACACCAUACGAUUGCAAACGUUGCCCUUGUCCAGAUAAUGGAGCUUGUAUGCAGAUGGCGGAUGACUCUGUGAUUUGUCUCGAAUGUCCCAUUGGAUACUUUGGACCACGCUGUGAACUGUGCUCGGACGGCUAUUAUGGUGAUCCAACUGGAGUUUUUGGAGCAAUUCGAAUGUGCCUUCCGUGUGACUGUAAUGGAAAUGUUGAUCCCAAUGCUGUUGGUAACUGCAACCGUACCACUGGCGAAUGUUUGAAGUGUAUACAUAACACCGCUGGGCUACACUGUGACCAAUGCCUACCAGGUCAUUAUGGAGAUCCUUUUGCUUUACCACAUGGAAACUGUGAUGAAUGUAGUUGUUACCCCAGGGGAACCGAACAAACCGAAAAGGGAAUUUCAAUUUGUGACGCGAUAAAUGGAAAUUGUCAAUGCAAGUCAAACGUUAUUGGACGUAACUGUAACGAAUGCAAAAAUGGAUACUGGAACAUAAUUUCUGGAAAUGGUUGCGAGAGUUGUAAUUGUGACCCGACCGGAAGCUAUAACUCUUCAUGUGAUACGUACACAGGUGAUUGCUAUUGCAAACCAGGGAUUAUUGGUAAAAAAUGCGACAAAUGUGCUGUAGCGCACUAUGGUUUUUCACCAGACGGUUGCAAAUAUUGUGAUUGCGACCCAAGUGGUUCUAAAGCAACACAAUGCGACCAAUUUGGACAGUGUACUUGUAACGACAAUGUUGAAGGGAGGCGGUGCGAUCGUUGUAAAGAAAAUAAAUACGACCGACACCAAGGUUGUCUGGAUUGUCCAGCUUGUUAUAAUUUAGUACAAGAAGCAGCAAAUGAACAUCGUGAAAAACUGGCAAACUUGAACAAAAUAUUACACGACAUUCAAUCUAAGCCGAUCGUUAUAGACGACAAUGAAUUUUCGAUGAAACUUAGAUCUGUUCAAGACAAAAUCGAUAUUCUUGUAGAAGACGCAAAAAGUGGUUCAGGAGGUGGAGAAAAAACUUUGAACGAACGUCUACAAGAACUUGAAAAAAGAUUGGAAACUGUGAUGGAUCUACUCAAUAAAGCAGAUCAAUCUCAGGAAUUAACGGACUUCAAAAUAAACAAAGGAACUCAGAAUGCAACGAUUGCGAAUAGUCAAAUUCAGGAGGCCCGCCGUGAACUAGAAAAUGCUGUGGAUUUACUGCAAACGGAUGGAAAUGCUGCUUUGAACAAAGCACGAGAUUUAUCUGGACAUCUUGGGAAUCAAACUAAUCAAAUCAGUGGAAUAUCCCGGGAGGCACGUCAAUAUGCUGAUCAAUUCAAAAAAGAGGCUGACGAAAACAAAAAACAAGCAGAAGAAGCUUUAGAAAAGGCAACAAAGGCUCAUAAUGUUGCUAAAAGUGCUAUUAACUUACAAGCGAACAUAAGUGAAGAAUUCCGAACUAACAUAUCAAAUGAAGUUCAACAAGCAAACGAGAAACUAAACACAGUGUCUAAAUUAACCGAGCAGGCUCUUACUAAAGCCAAUGAAGUAUAUGAUGAAGCGUUAUCUUUAUUCGCAGCCGUGAACAAUUUGUCACCUCCUAGUAUUGACAUCGAUCACAUUAAAAAGGAAUCAAACAAAUACAACAAAGAAGCGGAAAAAAUAAAUGCGGACUUAGAUAAAACAAUCGAUGAUCACAGUGGUUUGAUAACUGAUGUAAGUGAGAAUAUCGAGUUGGCCAACACACUACUUGAAAGAGCUGAAUCACAAAAAGAUGACGCCAUAAGAACUGUAGAAGAACUAGAAUAUGCUCGAGAGUUAGCAGAAAAGGCUGUCGCUGAAGGAGAUGGAACUCUCAAAAAGGCCAAUUUUACAUACCAUACUUUAUCAGGAUUCAAAAAUCAAGUAGAAGAAUCCAAACAAAAGGCUGCCGAAGCGUUGGAAUCUGUGCCAAGUAUAGGAAGGCAAAUUGAUAAUGCAAUUGAAUUGAUGAUCAACUCAGAAACGGCUCUAAAAAGUGCAAACCACAACGCGAUAGAAGCCAGAAGUAAUGCACAGGUAGCACAAAAAAAGUAUGCAGAAGAAGCCUCAAAUCUGGCGGAAAAUAUAAAAAAACGAGCGAAUGCAACGAAAAAUACGGCUCGUGAUUUAAGACAUGAAGCGGAUCAACUUAAUGGCCGCUUAGCAAAGACAGAAAAUAGUCUAGCAGAGCGUGAAACGAAUAUUCGAAAAGAUUUCAAUAUUUCCAAGGAAGCCAAGGAAAAGGUUGGACAAGCACAGCUCAAUUCGAAUGAAGCUAAAUCUCAGGUUGAGAAGGCUAUGAAGGAAGUGAAAGCUAUAAUCGACGAGUUGGCAGAUUUGAGAGAUAUUGAUACUAAGAGUCUAAAUGCUUUAGACGAACGCCUUACCGCAGCUGAAAAGGAACUUGAAGAUGCCCAGUUAACAAACAAACUACACGUACUAAAUGAAUCUAAAAAUCUCCAAACCCAAAAUAUCAAAAGCUACCAACGCGAAUUGGCAGAACUUGAAAAUGAAGUUGCUAACAUAAAAAUGAUCGCUGAUUCAUUACCUGAAAAUUGUUAUAAACGAACGCGUUUGGAGCCAUAGAUAUAUUGCUCGAACAAUUGUUUAUAAUAUCUAUUCAAAACACAGUGCCAAUUUAGCUUAAUGACAAUUGCUCGAAAGGAGUAUAGACAUAUUUUUACAAAAUUAACAUUAUAAGACGAUCGUUGUAGUGCCUUGAAAUUAAGAAUGCAUUUACUAAGAACCAAACUUUUUCCUUUUAAUCAGUGUAUACAAAUUUGCGACUUUGAUAAUGUACUAAUUGAUAACCAAAAGUUUCCCACUUUUUCUAUUUGUGUACUGUAAUUUGUGUUUCUAGACGCCUAAGCAGAAUAAAUACAACUUUUGAAAACAA